AUGGCCAUGCUGGUCGCAGGAAUCAUGAAAACCUUAGCUGCUCUCGGUGGGUCUAUCAUUGCCACACUCUGUAUAAUGAGGGAGUUUCUAAGACGCAGCAGCAGACGAAAAGGCAGUGGCAACAAGGGUGUCAAGUUGCGAGAUCUUUUUUCUGAGACGAGACCAGUCACACCAACGGAACUUGCAGUUGACGAAGCAGUUGCCGAAGCUAUCGAGGAAAACAAUGACACAGAAAAUAAAGAUUUGAUGUCUGUGCUCAAUGAUACCAUCAGUUGGCGCCCCCGCAAAGAUCAUGUUCCCACCACCCCGCUGUUUGAUUACCUCCUCCAAGGCAAUAAAUCAAUGGAUUCUGGUUGGCUUCGGAAGGAGGUUUUUGGAACUAUUGAAACUGAAUGCAAAAGACCUCAAAUCCCAGUGAAGGAAAAGAGACUUCUGACGUUCCUUCUAUUCUGUCUUUCGGGUGUUUCGGAUCAAAAAGAUGGCCAUACACCAGGAGCUUUGCUGUCAGUGGCGUGGGGAUUUUCGAAGCCUGCCAUUCUAAGGGCUGGUUCAUGGUCGUUAGAGCAAGAUUUUGUUGCUUGGAUUACUGCAGAUGGAGACAACGAAACUGAUGGAGACAAAGGGAAGAAACGAAACAAGUCUAUGGAUGCUGGCCCUUCUAAUCAAGUCUUCCAGUCGCCGACAGCAGGGCCAGGAAAACGACGAGACCUUAAGUCAACUCCAGCAUUGCUGGUAGAGACAAAGAUUGCCUCACCCUCGAGUACAUCGUCCCCUGCCUCAGCAACCUGCUCCCCUAUUAGCGCUUCUGAAGAGGAGGAUGGUUUUGUCUGCUUCUCGCCUGAACGCGAAAGCACCAACACCAAUGGAAAACGGCUGGACUUUGGCCAACAUGAAGACGGCCCUUCCAGUGUCGAUGCUCUGGUUCAGGCAGACAAAAAUUUGCACAUUGAUACAUCCACUCAAACGAUACAACAGACCAUCGAUGCAGUGGCUCAGACAGAUACCAAGCCUCUCGUUGAUGCAUCUACGCAAACCGAUUUUCACUCUCGGCUCCAAGCAGACAUAAGUGAAGACAAUGUGAGCAGGCAGUGCGAGUCGGAUAUUUGCCGUGCUCUGUUUCUCCUUUUUAAACAGAACCGGCCAUUGGCAGCAGCUUCCAACCCAGACAGAGUCUCCACACUCGCAGCAACCGAAAUUCUAACACUUCGCCAACUGAGUGGGUCAUCUCUAAAGAUCAUGCGAAUUAAGUCGACCAGGAAUGGGACAAAAGGAGACUCGAAGGGAAGAAAGACAAAAACCAAAGCCCUCCUUGUAGAGACUUUGGUUUCUAAUCUUGGAUUGUCAGAGAACGAGACGGUGGCUGUACUGAAGCAUUUCGCUGUCAGGCGCAAUCUUCAAGUUCUCAAACAAUCCGAAUGUUCCUUUACCAUCGACCAGUGUGCAGCUUUGAUGCUAUAUCUCCCUGUCACAGCUCGUGGCUUAGAACGAAGCCAAAAGUUUGCAAAAGUUGCUUUGCCAAAGCUCGGAAAUGCUCUGUAUCCAACGCGGCUGAGAAAGAAGCUUGCGACCUACUCCAUCGAUUCAUUCAAUUUGAAGCUUGGCUUUGAGCUUGUGUCAUUGGAAAUUGGAGGUGAAAAGAGGAACCAACGAUGCUUGCAUGUCUGGAUAAGGGAACCUGCAGCCGCGGUCGAAGCUCUCGCCCAAAGCGCUCUCAUCUCUGGCAGAUUCGAAUGCUCAAGUCAGUUUUCUAACCACACAAACGCACUCAUUGUAACACAAGGAUCAGAUCGAGGGGGGGAUAUCACUUCCAAUAUGAUCAGAGUUGCCAACCGCGCCGGAGGAAACAGCUCACAGCACUGCCUUCCGCUUUCCUUUUAUGAAUUUGGGAAAGAAAGUUACAACAAUCUGCAGCAGACUAUUUUCAACGAGUACAAGCCAACAAAGAAGUUUCUUCAAUCCUUGCUUUACGGCUCAUAUCAUAUGAUUGUUGUGACAGUCAAUAGCACCGACGGCAGCACAGUGUUGGACGCGCAAUGUGUCAUCCUUCAAAUCAAUUCAGGAAUGCAACAAAAUAGCCCUCAAAACUACACAGUGAAACGAAAUCACGCUGAUGAUUCACUAUUUGUGCUUCCGGAAUCAGAAGAGAGAGAGCUUCCGCCAGUCAUUGAUCUGAUGCAACGUGAUGAAGCAACACAGGCCCUGGGAUCAUCCAUAGAUCCAAAGGAGAUAUCGAUUCAACUUGGAGUGUCAAGAGUUAGCAACGAUAAUGAGGACGACAACGACAACGAUGAUGACGACAACAACAACAACAACAACAACAACAACAAGGCAGUUCAAUACAAAGGCUUCACGCUCCGAAACUGUCUCGGCAGAGUCGUCCACAGAGCUCGCUUUUCGGAGCCGCUCGUCUCUAACUCACCAAACAAUCAAGUCGAUUCAAAUUGUCUGGCGUGUGUAUGUAUGUCGUCUGAUGAUAUCAAAUGCAACGUUACUCUCAUGGGACAAGGAACUGCCUCAUCAAUGUGCCCAUGCACUAUCUGCACAGCAGCAAAGAAGGAUUUCGCAUCAUACACCACCAAGAACAGAGAUCAGCAGGCGCCAUACAGAGCUGGCCAAUACGCAAACCCAACUCUCUAUGAUGCGUUUGUCGAUGAGUCCGGUGGCAGGUUAGAGUGGGUUCGCCUCAAUUCAACAGGCUUUGCGAAGAAAAUGAAAUCCAAAUACAAGAGUGUUGUCCAUGAACCGCUGCUUUACACUCCUCCGAACUUGAAUAGUGGCUCCAUCAUGCAUGUGUCCAGCGGCCUGUUGACUCAUUGCACAGUUAAAAUGCUGGAAAAACUGGCAGUUGUGGAUGGUCGAACGCCAUGGCUGGACGAUUUAUCCGCGCAUGUGGAGGACGCAAAGCAGUUCAUUCGAUCCUCUCAUUCUAAAGCAGACGUGUUGCGCAAGGAAGAUGCAAAAAAAGUUCGCGACUUGAAAGCUGCUGAACAGUCUGGUUUUGGGGAAGCUGUAAUCCAAAGCUACGUGGAUGAACGUCAUCAGCUCUCACUGGAGCUAGCUGCAUUAACGAAGGCUAUUGUCGCUGCAAAGUUGUUUGUCGAGAAGGGAAGCGAUUUCUUGAACGCAGUUGGCAAGAAAACGAAACUGCGAAUCGUCGGUCCAGCAACCUAUGCCUUUCGAAAAGCGUACGAAGUGGACGGGCGAGUACCUUUUCGAGUUGAGAACAGUGGGUUUGAGCUUUCAAAUGGCGAUGGAAUUAGAGUGUUAGAGAGGAGGCAAAAGAUUGUCGAAAGGAUGGGAAAGAUAUUUGGUGACCAGCAGCUUCAAUCUCACGUGGAUGGCUUGAUGGAAGUCUAUUUGGAGCUCACACGUUUGCUUUAUGACAUCUCAAUCAAAAUGAAGAGUCAAAAGAGGUGGUCGAUGGACGACUGCGAUGCGUUCGAAGCAAAGACUCGAUUGUACGCUCAGAAGUGGAUUGAUUUCACUGGUGGUUCUGAAGACGUCAAUGAAGGAAACGUAUUCAACAAGCUACACGUUCUGACCACUCAUACUACUUUGUUUGCUCGCCAGCACGGAUUGCUUGGACGUGUUUCCGAAGAAGGCUUCGAAUCUUCGCAUAAGUCUAUUGAAUCAGUCCGAAAGCCACUCGCUUGCAUGACCUCCACCAGUGACCGAGCCCACACAAUCUACCGACGGAUUCUAUUGCAGUCUAGGCCGGAGGUUGAAUCAAUCUUCCGGAGUAUUGAUGAAGCAUUCACAAAGAAAAAGCGGGGACCUUACAGGAAAGAUCCAACCAAGAUGAAAACAGCAGACUCGGCACCUGCUGGCAACAACAUCGAUCAACGGCAGCUCUUGCCACAAGGAUUCGUACACUCUAUUAAUGGCUACGUGGUGAAAGAGAAGUGGCGUGAUGCUUUCGAAUAUGUUUGCUUUAGCAAGGUGCCGAACUCUUGGUGUGGAGUGUUUGUGGACGAUUGUACCCUCGGAGAGGCAUGUCGUUUGAAGGCGGAAUAUGCAUAA